AGCAGCUGAGUGACAAGUCAGACAAAGAGAGCGUCCGAGCGCCUUUCCUCAGCAGCUCGCGUCUUCUUCGCUUCUCAGGUUUCUAUGUAGAUGCUGCUGUGUGUGUGUGUGAGUGUGUGAGACAGACUGCGUGACAUGUCUGAGGAGGAUUUUUAGUGACAUCGAACAGCAAAAUGGAUUUCCAUCAGAGGGCAGCUCUGGAUAUCUCCACCAAGAACCCUCAGGACGAUUUUGAGAUCCAGCUGAGAGUCGGAGGAGGAACCUACGGGGAGGUUUACAAGGCACGGAACAAGCAGAAUGGAGAGCUGACAGCUAUCAAAGUUAUCAAGAUGGAGCCAGAGGACGAUUUUUCUAUCAUCCAGCAGGAAAUCAUCAUCGUAAAGAGCUGCAAGCACCGCAACAUCGUGGCAUAUUAUGGCAGCUACAUUCGAGCUAACAAACUGUGGAUCUGUAUGGAGUUCUGCGGCGGAGGCUCCCUCCAGGAUAUCUACCACGUGACGGGUCCUCUGUCCGAGCCACAGAUAGCCUACAUCUGCAGGGAGAUGCUACAGGGCCUGGAGUACCUGCAUGCAGAGAGGAAAAUCCACAGAGAUAUUAAGGGUGCCAACAUCCUCCUCAACGAUCAGGGCGAGGUCAAGUUGGCUGAUUUUGGGAUCUCAGCUCAGAUCACGGCCACGCUCGCUCGCAGGAUGUCCUUCAUCGGGACGCCGUAUUGGAUGGCCCCAGAGGUCGCAGCUGUGGAGAUUAAAGGCGGGUACAAUGAACUUUGUGACAUCUGGUCUGUGGGCAUCACAGCCAUCGAGCUCGCAGAGCUGCAGCCUCCGAUGUUUGAUGUCCACCCACUGAGAGUGCUGUUUCUCAUGUCCAAGAGCGGCUACCAGCCUCCUAAACUGAAGGACAAGUCAAAAUGGUCAUCCAAUUUUUACAACUUUGUGAAGGCCAUGCUGGUGAGGAACCCCAAGAAGAGACCGAGCGCCACCAAGAUGCUCACACACACCUUUCUGACCCAUCAGUGCCUGAACCAGGAGCUGACCCUGGACCUGCUGGAGAAGUACCGACACCCUGAGAAACUGAAGAGCUGCCUGGUCACAGACGAUGAAGAGAUGGAGGUGAUUGUUCCUGGAUCGUUAAGGAGAAUCCAGUCCAUCAACAAACACAACAGAGCGGGAAGAACCAACUCUGACAUAAGCUGUAUCAUUUCCUCUUUGUUAAGACCGUCGAUGGGAUUGAGUGACAGCAGCAAGAGCCCACCAGGGGACCAGGACUCAGAAUCAGACGACGACUAUGAUGAUGUGGACAUCCCGACGAUACAGCCUCCUGGGUUCAUAAUGCCGCCUGAUGAAACGCCGCCUCCUCUCCCUCCAAAGCCCAAACAACGAACGAGCUCAGAGGAAAGCAUGGCGGCAGAAGACGAUCGAACAAGAAAGCUGACCUCUCUGUGCGCCCCCACCCCGCUCAUAAGGACGUCCAGCGGGACGCACGUGCGGCCCACACCACAACCGCGAACUACACGACACUCAGACCCUGCAUCCUUACCUCUCCAGUUUAAUGAGCCCCCACCUGACCUCCUUCCUCCUGAACUUCCCCCUAAAGGCAUACGCAGACGGCAGCCAACAACAAAGGAUCAUCCUGAGUGUGCCAGCCCCGUCCUGAAGAAACCUCCUGUCUACUUUAAAAAGAUCUUUCACGGCUGUCCUCUUAAAAUAAACUGCUCCACCACCUGGGAGAACCCCACCUCUAAAGACCAGCAUCUGAUCCUGGGGGCAGAGGAAGGGAUCUACACCCUGAACCUCAACGGCUCCGAGGCCACGAUGGAGCUGUUGUAUCCGGGGAAGUGUACCUGGGUGUACACCAGUAACAACGUCCUCAUGUCUGUAUCAGGUAAAUCGUCGCAGCUUCACUCCCACAUGCUGAAGGAGCUGCACGAACAGGCGCGCAAAGACCAGAGGAUGAGCGCCUUACCAACUCACAGACUGUUGCCUAGAAAAUGUGCGGUGACGUCUAAAAUACCCGACACCAAAGGCUGCAGGACCUGCUCAGUCGCAGGGAACAUGCAGCGAGGCUGUGCCUUCCUGUGCUGUGCUUUGGAGUCCAGUGUGGUGCUGCUGCAGUGGUACGAGCCCAUGCACAAGUUCAUGCUGAUUAAGCAUUUCGACUUCCCUCUGCCCAGCCCUCUGCGGGUGUUUGAGAUGGUGGUGGUGCCCCAGCAGGAGUACCCGAUGGUGUGUAUCGGUGUUUCUCGAGGCUCCAGCCCCAACCAUCCGGUCUAUGUAGAAUACAUUAACCUCAACUCCAACACGUCCUGGUUCACCAACACGGGUCUGGAGAGACCAUGUCCAGAAGUAGUCCAAGUAAACCAGCUGGACAAUAACUCGCUGCUCGUUCUCUUGGAAAGGUCGGUACAAAUAGUUGGUCUUGAUGGGGAGUUUAAGAGCGGCAGAACGCAGCACUCUGAGACCAUCUUCUCUCAAGAUGUUGAAUCUAUAGUGUAUUUUGAUGACACGCUGUUGGCAGUGUGGCGUCACGGCUGGUUGAGGAGAGGAAAAGGUUUCACGGAAAUGCUGGAGGAAAUCACGGACCACAAGAAGAUCCACAGACUCGUGCAGUCCGACAGGAUGGUCCUUUUAGAAACGCAUCAGAGCGAGGACCCGUCGGGGCUUUCCAACCUCUACGUCCUGGAGAUCGCCGAGAACUACGUCAUGCUGGCCUGACUCUCCCACGCCCUGCUUCUACUGGGACUUAAUACAAGAGAGAAAAGACACAUUGGGCUUCGACAUUUGGAUCUGUCAUCGUUAAGUUCGAUGCGUAUAGACGCCUCACUGCCCCAGUAUUUUAAUUUCUAACCAAAGGAGAGGUAAUCUGUCAGAAACAGGUGAUGCCAUGAUGCUGAAAGUUCAUUCUGACCUAAGAAGAGUUCUGUGUUGUAGCCUUUAUCCCUCAACCUCGGGGAGUUUGCUCUUAUUUAUGCCAUUUUCAACUUUGGUUUGUGCGAUCCAGAACAAACCAGAGCAUCCAGACAGCUGAGAAAACCCUGAAGGAAGGAAGGACCUCCUCUAACACUAAAGAGGAGGGGGCCAUCCUUUGUUCUGCCACAGUAUUGUUGAUCAGAGCAGCAGCAGCUGCCUGAGGGGACUGACACACGUGGCCUCCUGAAGACGCCACAUACAAGCUGAAAGCACUGCUGCUGCUCGCGCUGUGUGUUUAGUGACUUGAGCCUGUAUGUCACACUUUUUACUGCCGUUAACGUGUAAUAAAAUGAGUUAACACAA